AUGGGCGGACACGUUAUUGGCGUGUAUAUGACUUCUGUCGAGGAUGACAAUUCGUUUGAUGUGCCGAGAGACCUGCGUUUCUGCAUUCUGCCGCAUAACGAUGCUCGUGCGAAUAGGUUCUAUGCCGUGGCCCCGAGUACCCGCAAGUCGGUCGCACCAAUCUUCACUCGUGGGCUAGCGCAAGGAAUCUGCCGCCAGAUCCGCGCCGAAAGCCUCAAUUACCAGUUCAAGAUGAACAUUUUCCACGUUGAUGGGCCCUUAGACCUCAUUUUCCUGUACCGCAGCUUAUCGAUGACCAAACUCCAAGCUAUACAGCAGAUUUCAAUCGAGAUGCAGUACCUUAAUGAAGCGGGCAUCGACCAGACGUCAUCGUCUAGCUUACGAGACACGUUCCCCAACCUCAAGCGGGUUUUCUACGCAGGAACCGCCUCUAGGUAUCAGUCCGAUAUGAGUGCCCUACUGAAAGCUAUGGGAUUGGGGAACCAGUUCUCAGGGAUUGAGUUAGUCAUGAUGGAUGCGUUAGACCGUAACACUGUCAUUCAGGAUGCGCAGAUCUACAAUCUUUGA